CACCAGCUUCAAAAUCUCCCCUUCCCCCACCGCAUCCCAAAACAGCCCAGUUCGUCCCUCCCACCUCCUUGACCUGUCCGUCUUCCCUGGACUGACCUAUCCCCUCCCUACCUCCUCACCUAUACUCUCCUCUCCACCUAUCUUCUUUUCUCUCCAUCUUCGGUCAGCCUCCCCCUCUCUCCCUAUUUAUUCCAAAACCCUCACCCCAUCCCCCUCUCUGAUGAAGGGUCUAGACCCGAAACGUCAGCUUUAGUGGUUCUGAGAUGCUGCUGGGCCUGCUGUGUUCAUCCAGCCUCACAUUUCAUUAUCUCUGCUAUUUCCACAUAGUUUGUUCUUAUUGCGGUACCCUAGAGACAAAGCCGGAAAGCAAUGCAACCUAAAUAUAAUAUGUACUGGCAGAGGAGGCCGAUGACCGUGCAAACUGCUUAGUUUCCUGGCGCUGCCUCCGUGCUCUCGGGCUGAGCCGCUAAUGAGUCGGACUCUGAGCUCAUUGGACUUUGGUGCUUGGCCCGCGUCCUGCUGUUUCUGGUCUGAACUGGUUGUGUUUUCCGUGGGUUUCCAGCUGACUGCAGCUCAGCGAAGUCAACGUGCCAGACUGCACACAGUCCAAUGCGGAAGUUGCUGAGCAUCAGUUGAUAUAUACAAGCCAGCUGCUCAAUAGCAAAUCAGUCGUUGCCUGGUGUCAGGAAAGUUUGUGUUCUGAGACCGUGCUGCAAUCAAAUUAUUGCAGUGAAUCCCUUCCUGUGUCCCGACAAGUGAAAACCUCGAGCGUCCAAUUCUCAUACCGUCAUGGCAUCUGUUCCUUCAGCUGGCUGUUUGCUCGCAGCAAGGAAUCAAUAUUAUAGAACCCGACUUCAUUCUACGUCAGAUAUAGCCUCCAGUGGUUCAAGCCGUUUGGAAAAUGCCAUGGAGCAUGAAAAACCCCAUCAAGGUAAUAAAGGAUUUCUUCUCGCACUGGAAAAAUGUUUGUGGUUAAAGAAUCUUCUGAACUGGGAGCCUGCUCAUCACUCCGUUAACACUGAGCUAUCCACACGAAGUGGCCAUCGUUGAUCAGGAAUGAUUCUUGGACAAAUGGUUUUUUGUGGAUUAGGAUUUAAUCUACAGUAUUUGGUAUCAUGUUGCCACUGAUUCAGGGAAUUAGUUGCAGUAUACACAGAAGAGAUUUGAACUGCCAUGAAAUAGCUGAUGCCUAUCUCAAGAAGCAAGCGAUAUUUCCGUCUACAGUAUUGCUCUUUUAUUAUUUUUCAACCAAGGUGAUUAACCAAAGAGCACAUCAAUAAUCUUCAAACCAUCUAGAUUUGAAUAUCAAAAAGUGGAAAACUGAUUUUAAAAGCUGAAGACAUGUCACAUUUUGGCCAAAGUUAAAUUUGCGAUAUUUAGCUCAAUUCAGCAUAAUUUCUUUGUGGCGUAGGAACAAAUGUUGACGUAAUGUCUUCCUAUGGCAGUGCACAGAGUGUCUUGUACAAUAUGUGUAUUUGGUAUUUUGGUUAUUUGCUGUAUACUGUCUUUUAUAUUAAGUAUUAACUCCUGUUAUUGAGUUGCCUGAUCAGUGACAUGCUUCUGAGUGAGGAUGACCACGUGUCAGAAAAUCCAUUUACUUUGCUUGAAAACAUAGAGCAGAGUCAUUUUGUUUAAAAUAACGUCAAAAUGACUGCAAUAUUUUAAUGAGCCAAGUCACCGACAGGCUACCAUUCAAUCUGUACAUUUUCAUGAAAGAGUUGAUUUGGGUGCAAAUUGAGAAAUUCUGUUUUCUAAAUAAUUUUAAUUCUUACUUAGAGUUUUGGUAAAGUAGAUUUCAUACAUCAUUAUGUAAAAGCCUGAGCAAAACUGGCUUUUUUUGUACAUGGCUGAAUUUUAGUUUGAUAUGUAUUAAUUAUCCAUUGUGUGUAACUUUUAACUUUGACAGAAACUGUUGUUAUUGAAAUGAAUGAAUUAGAGAAUGGGCUAUAUAAGAAAGGGCUCAUUCAUUGCUUGUUAUUUCAGUUUAAAUUGAAUGAUAUCUUGUUUGCCAUUCUGAGAGAAUCUGACAGCCUGUUCUGGGGAAAUAUGUGUUGGGAGGAAAGAGUUAAAAGUCUCUCUGCUCCCUUUGAGGAGCUUCACCAAUCUUAUUAAUAAGAUUUGAUUGAAAGAAAACCUGUUGAAAGCAGGCUGAUCCCUGUUCCUGAUCUCUUGAUUAUGUGCUCCAAUGCAGCAACCUCUCCAAAACGGCACUCAAUUGUGAAAUUUAGCUGCUGGGAUGAUACACUACUGAAUUAAUUGUGGGACUUAUAAAAAUGCUUUAUUAUUAAAUUUUUUAAUGAACUUCUA